AUGGACAUCAGAGAUUUGCUCUCCCGUCACCAUAAGCUUGUCCAUUCCAACGAGGCGGCUAGCAACAAAGAUGGCGGUGGCCACAGACCGCGGAAGCCCUCGACGGCGGGCGCUGGCAUGGGACCUGUUGAUGACCAUGGUGAUGUCAAGAUGCUCGGUAUGCAACCGCAACCGCAGCAGCAGCAGCAGCAACCGCAACCACCACCGCAUCAAAUGUAUCGACAGGAAGUCUUGCAGCCUACCGUUGUCGCGCCGAUCGCCCCUGACCCGCGCAUGUCAGCGCGGGCGCCAGCCUGCAAUCUCGACCUCUUAUCUGACGCAGCUACGCAUCUUGCUUCGGCCGGCGAAGUCAGCAACAUGCAGCCAUCCAUGAUGUCCGGCAUCUCGGACCACCAGCCGCCUCCGCCGCCGCUUGCUCCGGUGAAAACAUAUCACGACAGUAACCCUUACGGGGAUCGUGUUCGGGAGCAGGACCCGGGUGUCAUGUCUGGUGUAUACCAGACCCAGCCGGCCCCUUUUGAGGAUUACAAUUUGUUUUUGGAUGAUUAUGGGACGCAGCAUUUCCUCCCACCAGGGCUCGAAAUGGACCAAGGUUUCGGAUCGUGGUCUCGUCUAGGGGGCGACAUGCGUGGGCCGUCGAAGCCUGCUUCUGCCUUCCCGUCUCGAUUCCCGUCACUGCAGCCUGAUGCCCGAGAUCCAAAUGACGGUUCAAGGAUGCAUGAAGAUGGGAUGCAGGCUCCCAACUGGAGAAUUGCCGGAGCGAAUCAUAUCGCCGUCAAAAACAGGCUGGAUGAGUUUUCGUCGGUGCUUCCCAACGACUUUGUGUUUCCAUCUCGACAUACUCUCAACAGGUUUCUCGACGGAUACAUCAGUGGGUUCCAUGAACACCUACCUUUUCUCCAUUUACCAAGCCUGGCACCCAUAGAUUUGGCACCCGAGCUCUUGCUGGCCGUCCUUGCGGUGGGAGCUCAGUACCGUUUUGAAACAAACCGCGGCCAUGCCCUGUGGUAUGCUGCAAAGGCUGUGGCCCUGGAACAGAUUCGCCGAAGACAUAGCCAUGAGGUACAUGGAUUGCUUCCGACACCAGCCGCCUACAGCCCGCACUCGACUCGACCCUCCCCAAGCUCCGGUUUCAGGCACUCGUUUCCGUCAGUACAUCAAGACCGCCCCAUGACUCAGGAGACGCACAGAGAGCCUUAUUCUCCAAACACUCCACACGCCCGUCUUGAGACCAUCCAAGCCAUCCUUUUGCUGUUUUCGGUUGGGCUCUGGGGCCCCAAAGCCAUCCUCCAGGAAGCCCUUGGCUUGCAGAGCCAACUCGCUGUGCUAGUCCGGGAGGAGGGACUGGUCGGGGAGUCUAACCAACAGACAGUUGACCACGAGACCUGGGUCCGACAUGAAUCGGCCACUCGCACGAAGCUUGUCGCAUUUUGCUUCUUCAAUCUCUGCAGCAUCGCUUACAACACCCCGCCAAUGUUACUAACAUCCGAUGUUCACCUCUUCCUGCCCAGCCCGUCUCGACUAUGGAGGGCAGAGACAAGCUGGCAGUGGCAAGAAGCACGCCAGACCUGCCAAUUUGUCGACAUCACCCUGCAAGACGCGUUUAUGAGGCUUCUCAACCGCUCGUCUCAAGUUCCACCUCCACCGCUUACCUCGCUCGGAAACUAUGUUCUCAUCCACGCCCUCAUUCAGCAUAUCUUCCUUCUCAAGCAGACAUCGUUUACCAGCCUCUCGCCAUACGACUUUCGACGGGGGAUGAAGCCGGAAGACGUCGAAGACGUUACUCACGCUUUGCGGGUGUGGCAGACCGGAGUAGAGCAGCAUCGGCAGAUUAGGGCGAACGAAUCAGGAGGACCGGCAUCGGCAGACAACUUUUCUGGCGGACCAGUGGCUUUCAACUCGGCAGCGCUGUUGAGGCUGGCGUACAUCAGGCUUUACACCGACUUGAGCCCCAGCCGGAGUCUGGAGACGAGGGAUCAUGUGUUGAUUGCGUCAGCGUUCAGUGACGCACCGCUGUUGGUGAGAAACAAGAGGCUGAACGGAGCGGUGGUACCGGCUGUGCAUGCGCUGGCCCAUUUGGUGAAGGUAGGGGUGAACUAUGUGGCGAGGACGAAGAGUUUGGAGUGGAGCAUGCAGCAUUCUUUGUGCAAUCUCGAAUGCGCCAUCCUUCUUUCCAAGUGGCUCUUGACGCUCUCCGCCAUAGGCCCGGCCGACCAACCUCUGUCAGUGGAGGAGAAACAUGUUUUGGACAUGGUUUGCCGGAUGCUCGACGAGACAGAAUUCGCCGUGCCGAUUGAUCCUUCGUUGGGUGGCGGGAAUGGGGGAGCUUCGUCGUCGGCUAAUCACCACGGCGGGGGCCAUCACCAGUCCCGUUCGAUCGACAUGAAUGCUUCUGCUUCGACGGAUAGCACAAAGCUUCGACAGUUAGCUUGUGCGGUAGUGAGGCUGUGGGCGGAAACGUUCAAGGGGGCGCAUAUCUUUGAGAUUUUGAGGAUUAUGGCGGCGGGGCUGGACGGGUAUGGGGAUAUGAUUGAGAAACCAAGGGAUCGGACACCGUUGGGAAAGUUUGUGGGUGGUCAGGGCUUGGGGUGA